ACUAGCUUAAUGCACACACAGGUUACAAAGUGCAAUCAAAUUAGUCUGAUAUCAUCUGCAUGCUCUUAGAGACUAUAAAAGCUUCAAGCCCUUGCCGCAUUAUGUGAUUCUUUCCAUCAUGGCGCUGCACUGGACCAUAGUACAUGCUGUGCUUUGGACUAUUCUGUAUUCGUGCACAAAAAAUAUCAGAGUGUCACCAUGUGCUAAGGUAAACAGUUCAUCGGAGGUGGUUCCUUUUGGCACAGCAGUCACCGCUUCCUGUUACAUUAAAGAAGAGUGUCAACUCCAGAUAAAACAGGAUUUUCUCAUCAAGUGGAAGAAAAAUAAUCAUUUUAUGCCCAGUAGUAAAGCCAGUCAGAAGAAUGUAAAUGAAAUCCACAUAUCCAACUUCACUGACAAGGAAGCUGUGCUGGAAUGUUUUAUCUGUGACCAAGAUAACUGCAACGUGGUAGGCGGCGUGAAGAUCAGAACAGUGUAUCCUCCACCCACCCCACAGAACUUGACAUGCCAAUUAAACCUUAAAGAUUCGACUCUAAUGUGUAAGUGGGACACUGGAAUAAAAACUUCAGACUUUCCAACAAACUACACCCUGUACACACAAAGCAGAGAUAUUCCAUUAAAAAUGCAUGUACCACUGCCUGAGGAGAAUUUUUUCAAGGUUCCACGUGACUCCUUCCCUUUGUUAAAUGAGAUGCAAGUUUAUGUGGUCGCAACAAAUGCUUUUGGCCAGGCCACAUCUAACCUCCUAGUGGUGGAUCCUAUUAAAACAGCUAAGUUGGAUGCACCAGUGAUUCAAGGGGUUGGAGCACAAUCAUUUGGAUGCUUUGAGUACAAAUGGAGACUCUCACGUACUCAGAAGUGGAUACAAAAGCAAUUAAAUAUAGAGAUCAAAACGAAACCAGUGAAUGAAAAGAUUUAUAACAAAGAACAGUUCAUUCGUAAAUCUGACAGCAAAGUUAAGUUGUGUGGUCUGCUUCAUGGCAUGAGCUAUGAAUCACAGAUGAGGGUACGGUACCACAAUAGCAGCCCAUGGAGUGAGUGGAGCAAUGCUACAGUGGCUACUACACCCAUGAAAGCUCCCACCGGGCGGCUAGUCACAUGGCUGAAGCUACAGAGGACAGACAUAAGGAAUCAGGUGGCACAGCUGUUCUGGAAGCCAUCUUUGCAGUUCCGUGCCAACAGUAUGAAUGUGUCCUACAUUGUGUCACUUAUGGGAGAGUUUACAAAGAAGAAACAAACUGUGUGUGUCACAGUUCAGCAAUCCUGCUCUUUCCAGAUUCAUGCAAAGGUCAGGAAGAUCUACCUGACAGCCAUGAAUGAAGUAGGGAAAUCCAACCCUACUGAAGUAUCAGUUUACAGACGAAAAGGAAUGGAUCCUGUCCCUUUUCUGAAAAUACUUCCACAAACUGAAGAGUCUUUGUUAGUCCAAUGGAAAAGCCCAGAUACCUCAGCCAUUAGUGAAUAUGUGCUGGAGUGGAAAGCACUAUGUGGGACAAACUCAAAUUAUGUCUCUUUUGAAAUUAUGGGCAGAAAUCAGACCUGCUUUGUAGUAUCAGGUCUUGAACCUUACAUACCUUAUGAAAUUUCAUUGUAUCCCAAGUAUGGCGGUGGUAUUGGUCGGCCCUACAGCACCAUGGAGUACACGAAAGAAAAAGCCCCCUCCAUAUCUCCAAAAUUGGAGAUUGGAAAGAUCACACCUACUUUGAUUGAAGUUUCCUGGAAUGAAAUCCCAUUGCAUCAGAGGAAUGGACUCAUUACUGGCUAUAGGAUUUUCUACAGUGAUGAAAAAAACAAUACAGGAGUUAUAGACGCUGUGAACACAACCACACACAUGGUGCUGAAAGAUCUCUAUCCUUUCACUAUCUACGAACUCUUCCUCAUGACAAGUACAAAUGGUGGCAGUGUGAAUGGGUCCACUAUCACAGUGAAAACUGUGUCUAUUGAUGCCUUUGAGAUCUUUCUGAUUGUCAUUCCAGCAUGUGUUGGAUUGGUACUUUUCUCCUUUGCGUUAUUUGCCUGUUUCGGCAAACAAACGUGGAUGAAGAAGUAUUUGUGGCCAGUGAUUCCAGACCCCGCCAACAGCAAUAUUAAAAAGUGGACUGCAGCUGAUUCUUUGGAAUGCGUGCCGCCCUUUAAAGAGGUCAAGGAUCCUGUGCUGAUGUAUCUCUCCCAUGUAAGUCUUCUAAGCCUGCCUGAGAAAGAAUUAUCGAAAGGAGACAAGAACAUCAAGAGUGGCAAUUGGUCAUAUAAUGGGAUAAGUGUUGAUGCAGGCCAUGAUGAUUCAUCCAAUGACUCUGAAAGCUUUGACACAGAGCAGCAGAGUGAGUCUGUGCCUUAUGCUACAGUUGUCUUUGCUGGGUCAUAUCGACACCAGCCUGUCCCUCCUCCAGUCUACUUGCGCUCAGAGUCCACUCAACCUCUACUGGGGGAAGAGGAACCUUCUAGUCCUCGUUCAUAUGAGAAAAUGUCCAGCCAGUCCGAUCUCCAUGAUGUAGAUCACUUUUUAACAUUUCACGACAAUUUACAUGCUGAUGAAGAAAAGGCUUCACUUUGGGGUGAUUUCCCUAUGCUCAGGUCUUUGGAAAUUAACACUAAGGCUUAAAUUCAAUGUGUGCAUUAAUACACUGUGCAGUUAUAAAAAAAAAAAAUGGUUAAAUUAUUUCUUGGUGGAUAACAAUGGCAUUGUUAUGUACUUUGUGACCUUGUGAUCCUAUUCUUUAGCAGCUAAUAAUGUGAGGCAAACUAUUGAACUAUUAUAAUAUAGUUCCCCACUAUAUUAUGCACAAGGUAAUUAUUGUAAUAUGUGCAUUAGCAAAGUGUUAAGUACGAUUUGGUUAGAAAUCCAGAUUUCAGCAAAGACUCUUUGUCAGCAUUGUCACAACUGUACAUGAUGUAUGUGACUGACCAAUUAUUCAAUCUGUCCAUGCACUGAUCUAUAAAAUAUGAUCUAAUGAUUUAAUAAACCAAAUUAAUUUUGGGUGAAGCAUACAUUAGCCUGCCCACUGUGACAUGCUGUGAAAUGAAAGCAUAAUUUAAUUCAGGCAUUUUAUGACUUAGAGGUUAUACUUGAUUGGGCUUGCGGUUACUCCGUGCUCCUAUAUUCUUGUGCAGCACUAUUUUAUCAGACUUUAUAUGAUAGAUCUCAACUAAAAUAUCCAAUUCAGCCAAUCUUGACAGUCAUUGGUGCCAAAUGGAUUGAGAAAUAGCAUAGUAACAUGUGCAGGAGUAAAGUAGUGCAUGUUAAUACUUGACCUUGAAAAAUCAUACUUUGACAAAGCUAAAUCUAUUCAUACAAUCAGAGGUGGGUAGAGUAUCCAAAAUCUGUACUCAAGUAAAAGUACAAGUAUUUAAGGAAAUAUUUACUCAAGUAAGAGUAAAAGUAACAAUCUUAAUAGUUACUUGAGUAAGAGUAAAAAAGUAUCCGAUGAAAAAACUACAAGUAGUUAGUUACUAGUUACUUCUCAUCUGAUUGAUAUGAAGCAAAAACCCUGAUUUUCAAACUACUUGAGAGCUUUCACACACCUCUCCUUAAAAGUCUCUUUAUUCUGUUAAUAUAAAACACAGGUUGAAGUGUAUAUAUAUACAUAUAUAUAAUGUGAUUAAUGGUUUAAUGAUGUAAAUGAAUGAUGUGCUGGGCUCUUCCUAACCUGCUCUUCCUUUUAAGAUUAAUUUACUUUUUUAUUACAUUUGUUACAUUUUAUAAGUAAGUACAUAUAUUCUUUAGGUAGGGAUAAAACAAAAUAUAAUCCUGUUUUUAUUUUGUAUAUGUUCUACACUUUAGCGGGAAAAAAAACUGUCAAAAAAACUUAAGUGAGAUGUCAGGAUUUGCGUCUUACUGCAUGCAAUUCAAUUUAUUUUGUAUAAAACAUGGAUAUGAAAAUGCAGACACUUAUAAUGAACGUUUGUUCAUGAAUGUGUUGUUUGUAGGGUUCACAGGAUUGCACGAGAGCGUAUAUGAGGGAAAACAUUCAGACAGUGUGUGAAAUGUAGUAUUACGUUAAGGUCAAAGUGCCCAUAGUUACCAAAUUACCAUCAAAUAGGCAUAAUUUUGACACUUACCGCUACGUGUUUUUUUAGGUUGGAGCUGGAAGUCUUGUAAGCUGCGAUGUCUGUUUGUUUUGGUGCACACAGAAUGCAUCGCAUUAUAAAGCUAUUAUUUUUUACAUCUUGGAGUGAAAAUAUAGAAUUAAUUUGAGGCCACGGGUGAUCUGCCUUUGAUAAAGCGCAAACAUUUUCCUCUGCUUCAGCCAUCAUCUUCCAACUAAAGGCGCGCUAAACUUCAGCGGGAGAUGCGCAGCAUACUCUCGCGAAGCAGCCUCUCCGUCUUGAGAGACUUGUCAUAUAAACUAAUUAUUAUUUAUUAAAUCUCAUAUUUAUUACCAUUUGAGUAACGGAGGAACGCCGCUGAUUGUAGCGAAGUAAAAGUAAAGUUUUUCCACUAAAAAUCUACUUGAGUAAGAGUAAAAGUACGCAUCUUUAAUUAUACUCAAAAAGUACAAGUUACCCAAAAAAUUUACUCAAGUAAAUGUAACGAAGUAAAUGUAAUUCGUUACUACCAACCUCUGCAUACAAUGCAUUACAGUGGUUGAUAAAUGUGAUCUAAUCUGUCCUAACUAAAAGCACUCAUAAGUGGUUAAUGGCGCCGAAAAUAUUUAUCUGCUUGUCCUUCUAGGCUUAAGUGUUGUGUUUGACUCAGUACAUUUACUUUUACUCCUUUGGCUGAUGUUCUUUCAACAAAGCAACUUGAAACUGAGACAGGAUACAAAUUGAGCAGUUAGGGGUUAAAGGCCUUGCAGAAGGUGGCAUUGGCAGUUUGGAUGAACCAGGAUUUAAACUCUCAUCUCAAACAGUAUCCCAACAUUUCAAUCACAAUCUACCUCUGCCAAACUACGGCAGACUAUAAUUACAUGUUAUUGAGGGUUGAAAAUGCAUUCUGUCCGAAUGCUUGUUAUCAUUGUUAAUAAUGUUUUUUUUAGAAUGUAUAAAGUAACAUUUGGUGCUCAUCAAUGCUCUGUAUUAGGGCCUCUUAUGAUUUCACUCUACAUAUAUACUAAUAAUUAAUUAAUUAAUGUUUUUUUUUCUAUUAAGCCAGGUAAAUAAAUUGUGUUUAUUAUUAUUAUUAUUAUUAUUAUUAUUAUUAUUAUUAUUAUUAUUAUUGUUGUUGUUGUUGUUGUUGUUGUUGUUGUUGUUAUUAUUACUAUUAUUAUUAUUAUUAUUAUUAUUAUUAUUAUUAUUAUUCAUGAUAUUCAUUUUCUACUAAUUAAUGAUAAGAAUGAUUGAUGAAUGAAUGAAUUAAUGAGUAGUGUAUGAUAUGGUACAAGGAAUUCUGUCCUCUAUCUAUCAUCUAUCAUACUGAUGAUAACUACGUUAACAUAGAGACUAUGUUAACACACACACACUAUAUAUGCCUUUACAUAGGUCCAAGCCAUAUAAAACACAGCAAAAGAAAUGUCCGCUUUAUUAAAAUUUUGUUUCUCUAUUAAUUUCAUUUCACUAGUUUUCAUUUUUUUAUAUUUUUUUUUACAUGUUAAAUUGCUCAUAUUGCUCAUAUUGUUUACCUGUUGAUUUACUGAUUCAUAUCAGUACUUUCAAACUACCUUGUGAUAUAUAGUACAAAUGUUAGAUAAAUACAUUUGACUUAACAAGCGUUGUACUUGGCAACAAGCUUUAAAGCCUAUGGAUUCUUAUGAGCAGUUAUCAAUAUCUGCUUUACUCAAUAAAUUGAAAAAUUAAACACUA